UUUAGGCGCUUGGAAAUUCAUUCUUCAUCACAUUGCUGUGAAACCAAGACAUUAUGAGAAACUUUCUAAUUAUUUUCCUUCUCGGGAUCACCUGGCAAAAUGCCAAUCUAUGCUGGCUGGAUAAAUAUUCACCCGAAAUGUACGAGUAUAGAGUUUCAGGAAAAUUGUACUGGGAUAACAAUCGUGUGGAAGAAAUUCCCAGGUAUAGCUAUGAACAAAUCGGAUCGAAGUACUACUACAUCAGCGAGGAUAAGCUAUAUUGGGGAAAAGCCCUAAUUAUGUGCCGAAAACGGAACGGAAACCUGAUACACCUUAAGAACGACGAAGAAUGGAAGGCCGUCACUGAGAAAUUGAACACCUCAAGGAGCUACUGGGUGGACUAUUACAAUAUUGACUAUUUAGAGGUAUUUACAUCCGCCUUGACUGGCGAGGAGGCACAGUUCCUGAAGUGGACCAACGAGACCCAAAGCACCUAUUACCGUAGGAGGUGCGUUGAAUUGCAAUCCGAGCAGAAUUUUCUGAUGCAUGUGGUAGACUGCUUUGAGCAAAAACAUUACAUCUGUGAAGCCGACGAGGCACAUCCCCCAAAAAUAGAGUUUUCAACCAAACCUGAAGGUUUGGAGUAUAGGCUGAGACUUUUAGAACUCAAUUGGAUAAAAACUGAAGACAAUCACAGCUUAAAUGAAAUGUUGAAUAGGAUAGGAGGUCUUUAGUAAGAAACCUUUUUUCAGAAAUAUUACAUUUUAACAAAUAAAGAG